GAAGUGAAUCAAGAAACAGCGCCGAGUCAUCCGUUGGCAUCAGAUAACGAGCAGCAAUGGGCAACACUGUGUCAUACUGUGAGCCUAGCAGCAAGGAGGAGCUCACAGCCGAUGAGCCUGCAGCGGAGGAGCCAGCAGAGGAGCAGGAAUCAGAGGAGCCUGCAGCAGUUGAAGAGGAGGAAGAGGCGGAGCCAGCCCCUGAAAUAGUGGUUCGGACAGCGCCAUACGACCCGCGAUUCCCAUCCACAAACCAGGCCAGGAACUGCUACACUCGCUACAAUGAGUUCUACAAGUGUGCGGCUGAGGCAGGCGAGGAUGAUGACAAGUGCAAGUUCUACCAGAGGGCCUACCGGUCAAUCUGCCCAGGCGAAUGGGUUGAGAGGUGGAAUGAGGCGAGGGAUGCAGGCAACUGGCCUGGCAAGUACUGAGAGAGUUUGAUUCUGCUGUGGUUAUGCAAGCGAGUCUCUGCAAUACGUCAUGGCAGUUCCUCCGGAGUUUGCAGGCACCGAGGCUGCGUGCAGGGAUUGUUUCAUCGCUGAUUUGCUCACCACCUAUUACUGCCGAGCCUGCACUGCUUGUGUUUUGAAUAUGGGGAAUAAGAUUUGCCUUCAAAGCAUGGUUGUUGAGGGGUCCUGUUGGUUUCAUUACGAAUGGUGACAUCACCCUGCUGGACAUAGUGUGAAACUUUGCCAGUGUGGCAAGGAUGUGACUGUAUCCUGCCUUGUAAGCCUCAGUAUGGGUAC